UUGUGCUUUGGCCUCCUUUUACAGUGUGCUAUAUACGCCGUCAAAUUACACCACGCUCAUUACCCACGCUCUUUGCCAUGAAGUACUCCCUCCUCGCCCUCGCAGCAGCCACCGCUGUUGCAGCCUCGAACUCGACCGACAGUGUCCUGAUCCCCUCCAACAUCACCGACGCGUGCACAACCUUCCUCACAGAGCUCAACGCAGACUCCACCAUCUCCGAGUGCGUCACCCCCCUCAUCAACGCUACCGCCUCCUUCUCCCCCACGGCUGUCGCCGCCACCAACCUCACAGAGGACAGCAUCAACUAUGCCUUGGCCGACGUCUGCAAGACCAACGCCGGUUGCUCAGACACCACCAUCCGCUCCUGGCUCUCCAAGUUUUACUCCCAGUGCUCCACCGAGCUGACCUCGUCCGACGGCUACAACUCGGAGGUCAGGGAGCUCUACGACAUCUUGUAUGUCGUCAACCCCCUCAAGGGCGCCGUCUGCUCGGUCGACUCCUCCAACCAGGAGUACUGCGUCAACGAGAUUGUCGCCUCCGAGUCUACCAACAGCUCUUCCUCGUCCAACUCUACGAGCAACAGCACCGCGCUCUACGCCAACUUUGCUGCCUCUGACAGCGUCCUCUCCCCCAUCCAGCUCGCCGCCUCCAACCUCUACAUCGAGGUCUCCAACUCUGCCUCGUCCUUGAAGAAGCGCGUCCUCUCCACCCUCUCUUCCCGUGCCGCCCAGUCGGUCAACAUGGCAACCAUCAUCACCCCCAACGCCACCACCUACAAGUCCACCAACCUCCCCUUCCUCUUCCUCCAGCCCACCCUCUCUUCCUCUGCCCUCUGUACCCCCUGUACCCGUGAGGUCAUGGUCUCGUACAUCAAGUGGGAGACCCAGGUGCCCUACGCGUUGGGUUUGAGCCAGUCGCCCAUCCUCGGUGGCCAGUCGGCGCUCUGGUCUGCCAUCAACUCGACUUGUGGCACGGCUUUCGUCAACGCCAUCAAGUCGCAGGUUGGCACCAGCUUGAGCAGCAACUCUUCCAGCUCUGGCGCUGAGAGCAUGAUGGCGGUUCAGGGUGUGGCUGGUAUGACCGCGUUGGUCGGUGCCACCUUUGCCGCUGGUAUCGUCGCCAUCUUUGUCUAAGGGUUGUUUCUUUCAAACCCUUCUUUUAUUGCUUUCAUAAUUAGACGAGAUCAAUGAGAGUUUCACGACAAAAACAAUCCUUUAUUUGUAUCUCCAUAACCCUUCUUUACCCUCCUGCUGUUUCAUAUUCUCCCCUCAUCGAGGGUUACCUACCGCCGUAUCUAUUUCUUCUGUGGACACUCUUAUCCCCGUAUUUGCCUACUCUUCUUGCCCCUCGCUUCAUUUCGCUUAUUCCCUGGUGUUUAUGAAUGGACUUGUCUGUUCGAGAUUGGCUGCGAUACUCUGCCAUGUGGACUUUUCUUUGAUAUUGACACACUACUCGUA